GAGUCCGUAGUUCUUCACAUCUUUAUUCCUCCCUCUAGCAGUGGUUGAGCGAACGGACUGCGCUCGCGUGUGUGACAAGCGCAGGAAAUAUCCAUCAAAAAGAAAAUUCUUGUGCAUGAUGUAGUUUUUUUUCCCCGGUCUUCUCUUCCGGAUAAAUAUAACUUAAAGGAUAAUUUUUUUUUUGAAAGUUUCUUUGAACAAGUGUGUGUGUGUGUGGAUUUUGUUAGAUGUCUUUUAUACAUUUUUGGUGCGUGCUGGAUUGUACAAGAGAAGUGACUCUUUAAAAUUUCGAUGCGUGCCAGCGGAUCCAUUAGGAGACAUAUGUCUCCUUGGUUACUUGUUGAUGCCACAUGUUAAUAUUCAGGUUUCUUCAAAUUGCCUCCCUAGCGUACCUGUGUAGUAUAUUCUUCAAAAUGGCAUCGUGUCAGAGUUUUUCCGUCGAUUUGGAGGGGGGAGCUCCGUCGAUUCUGAAAAAUUCCCACGACGUCCGCAGGACGUAUAAGCUCUACAAUCAGUGCAGUGGAAACCACAUACAGAUCAUCGGUAAAACAGUCAACGCCAAGGGUAGUCCCGACAGCCCAAAUGCCAAUAUGAGCUUCAUAUCUGCCCGUUCUAGGCAUCAUUUCAAUGCCAUUAAUAUUAUGGGACAAAAAUCUGGUCGUUAUCUAUGCUUUAACAAGAAAGGAAAACUAAUAGUCAGGUUCAAUGGAAGGAAGAAGUUAUGCCUUUUUCGAGAAACCUUUGGCGAAGAUCACUACACAGUGUUACAGUCACUAUACGAUUCAACAUGGUUUAUUGGCUUCAAUAGGAGAGGUAAACCUCUCAAAGGAAGUCUGUACUCCAAAGCGAAAAUGCAGCGUUGUUUUCACUUCGUCAAAAGAGAUUAUUCCUAUGGCAUGGAUGAAUACACACCACCUGGCCCCAAGAUCAAAAAUCCGUGGAAACUAAAAGACUUGUUGACUGGAAAUGGCCAACAUCGAUCUCGGCCUCAAAGAAAAGUGCCAAAAACGCCAACGAGGUGAAACUUCUGUGGAAUUCCCGACAUAAAUGUCGUGCUUCAGAUAUUAGAUUUCGAAUUUUUUUGGUUGUUGCUUCUUUUUCCUCUAACUAAAAUUUUUCGAAAUAGAUGAAGAUGCCAGGGCAGGCCUUGUGCGUUUUCCUGUUCGUUGACGCUUCGAUGUUCACCAGUGUGUGGCUGAUCAUGCUUAAAAUCUGUUUUGAGGACAUUAGCUGGGGAUCGGCUUUGUGUUAUUGCAAAUGAAGUGCCAAUUUUGUGUUCUUAGGAACCCCCUAAGAGUAUUAAACUAAUAUCUCUUCGGAUUUUCCUCGAUGUUCAAAUGCAACUAGGUAUUCUCAGAAGUUCUUACCUUAGAAUAGGACAUUAAUGUUAUACGUAGUAUUUUCCUGAAGUAAAUGUUAUUUAUCCUCAGAGUAGAAAUUUAUUUAUUGCAAUGUUAGUACCUUUUAGGAAUUGUUACAAUUAACUGUGUUCAGAAAGUUGUUCCGAGUGAAACUAGAUUCAUAAAGUGAUUUUUCUUUUCUGGUUAUUGAUGACUGAAAUUGGAAAACUUCCUUAAAAUUAUGAUCCAUCCUCUUCUAUCUUCAAUAUAUCUCGCACUAGACAAAAAUAUACAAGAAAUUCUCACGUCAGUACAUGCUGCAGUUUUCUAGCAUUUAAAUGCUCUCCAGCCCUGCAAAGUACUAAACAAAAAUCCAAGAAAGUGAUUGAAGGAUAUAUUCUCUCGAAGGGAUAACAUCUUUUCAACAGAAAGAUCUAAGUGUACUCAAUUCAAAAUAACAAUAUCGGUGCGAAAUGGUUGUAGUCUGACUGUAGACAACCUGAGUCAUGUAUGUGAAAACAUUGUCUCCCACUUCUGUACAGAACAUUUUUCGUUUUGUGUGUUGUUCGAUUCAUGUGCCAUCGGUUAAGAUUCUUUUCUGAUGGUAUUUUGUUUUCAUAUUUUUAGAUGACUUACGUUUGUUUCAAAUCAUUCCAAACUGUGGCCAGUCCAGAAUUUUGUAAAAACAAAAAAAGUGCGCUUGACAUCAAGCCUGAAAUCGUAAACAAAUGUUACAUUUCCAAGUUGUAUUGUUAAUUGUUUUAUGUAUAAAUUUGUACAUAGUUAUUCUAAGUUAAUGAACUUGAUGUUUUAUGAUUUUAAUAGAAGUAACAAUAUUAACUUAUCUUUUUAGAACAUUUUUGUAUAGCUUAAUAUGUUAGAACGUUUUUAACAAUUAUCGGAUACUUAUGACAGUUAAAUAACUUAUUUAACUUUAUGUAUAUUUAACAUUGAAUUUUUUUUUUGUGGGGGGAGGGGGGCUGUUUGAAAAUUAACAAAGGAUUUGAGAGUGUUCUACUGCACAAAAGUUUGAACCGAACCUUAAUUCUGAAGAAGGGAAAUAGUUGUCAUAAUAAUUAGCUAGAUUUAGAUUACUUGCUGAUUCAUAUCUACUUAAUUUUUUUUUAAAAAUUCCAUGUGAAAUUACUAUAUAUAUUCAUGAUAUUCAAACCAUGUUUUUAUACGUGCUAAUUCCUAUUUCGAAAAAAUCACUUAUACGUGAAAAAAAAAAAAGGAAUAUUAAAAUUAAAAAAAAAAAAUUGAACGCAAUUACUCAAUUGUUAUUUUAAAGGUUAUGUAUAUUUAUAUAAUUUUAAUUUAAAAGCAACAACUCAGAGACAAUUUGUUUUUAUUUCAUAUGAAAUAAAAUUUUUUGCUUCCAAUUAAAAAAAAAAACUAAUUUUUAAUCAUACUAUUACUUCAAAUGGUUAUCGUAAUUUUUAAAUAUUUUUUGGAUUAGUUAUUUGAUUCUUCUCCUUUUUAUCUUUUUUAAUUUAAUCUCUGUCAUAUUGGUUAAUUUCUCCUUUCAUUUAUUUCAAAAUCAGAAAUUAAUAAAAGGAGAAAAGAGCCAAAUUAGAAAUUUUGUCUUUUGGAAAAGAAGAGUGCAUAACUUUACUUUCUUUGAUGUUAUUGUAAAAAGAAAGGAACCUUAAAGUUAUGCUUUCUUCCCUAUAUAAAUGAAUAUAGUUAUAUAAAUCUUAAAAUGCUAUGAAGAGUACAGAAAUCUCAACUAUUAUGUUUAUUGUUUUUGAAAUUGGAUGAUUUUUCAAAAUCUCCACAUUGUUUUAAUAAUUGUGCAAUUCUUUGCAUUUUAUACACUGCCAUUUUGUAUUUUAUCAUCUUUCAUUUCU